AUGGUUAUUGACAACUUGUUCUCUGGAGAAAUUCCGGAUAUCUUUAGCAAUCUUAUGUGGCUACAUGAGCUAGACAUGGCAAACAACCGGUUAUCUGGUAGAAUUCCCAUGAGUAAAGCAACAUGCCAGCAAUUAGAGAUGCUUGUUCUAGCAAGGACAGCCCUCAAUGGCAGCAUUCCAAAGCAAAUUUUUGAGCUUCCCCAGCUAAAAUUUUUGCUGUUGGCAAAUAACAGUUUAAGUGGUUUUCUGCCCAACGAAUUUGGCCAUUUGAGACAGCUUGAAAUCAUGGACAUUUCUGGAAACCAGCUAUCUGGAAAUAUUCCUGCAAUAACCAAGAGAUACUCAAUUUUGCAACGUCUUAACAUUGCAAGAAACAGGAUAACUGGCUCGAUACCAAAGUCACUGGAAAAUCUAGCAGCACUGGAGAGCUUGAAUCUUUCUUCCAACAAUCUCACUGGCCUAAUCCCAACAGAAUUGGAGAACCAUAAUGCUUUGCAGAUGUUAAAUUUGUCUUUCAAUAGCUUGGAAGGAAGUACCGAAAAAUGGUGUCUUUGCCAACAUCAGCUGGGAUUCUCUCCAGGGAAACAGUCAGCUCUGCUGAUCACCAAAAAGAAGAGAAAGACAAUAAAAAAUGAAAGUUCAUCAUCCGAACAGAAGGGUUUACCGCCAAGGCUAUCUUACUCCGAAAUCCAGCUUGCAACAAACGGGUUUCUCACAACAAAUUUGAUAAGGAGGGGAGCUUUUGGGUCUGUUUAUAGAGCUGUUUUCAGUACUGGUGAAAGUGGAAUCCACACCACAGUUGCAGUGAAGGUUCUUGACUUGACACAAAGCAAAGCUUCCAAGAGUUUUGAUGCAGAACGUGAAGCUCUCAGAAACAUCCAGCAUCAGAACCUUGUUAAGGUCUUCACUUCUUGCUCCAGCAUUGAUCACACAGGAGCUGAAUUCAAGGCUUUAGCUAUGGAAUUCAUGUCUAUUGGUAACCUGGAUAAGUGGUUGUACCCAGAGGACGUUGAGUGUGGAUCAACACUGACCUUGACCCAGAGACUAAAUAUUGCCAUUGAUGUAGCUUCUGCAUUAGAUCACCUACAUCAUGAUUUUGACCCACCUGUAGUCCAUUGCAACUUGAAACCUGGAAAUGUGCUUUUAGAUGAAGAUAUGACUGCUCAUGUAGGAGAUUUUGGGUUAGCAAGGUUUCUCUCCCAUGAUUCAUCACAGAAUGGGAGUAGCACAAUUGGACUAAAAGGCUCAAUUGGUUAUAUUGCUCCAGGUAUGUUGUGGAUCUUACUUUAUGAAACUUAAAAAGAUUUAGUGAUUACAUUCACAGUUCAAACAAUGUUCUACUCUACCUCACUUGCUAAAUUCGACCCCAAAGAAGAAAUUAGUUAAAAAAAAUUUAAAAUUAACACCCUAUGUUUCUACAUUAUUU